GAAAUAGUAUUGGAACGCUGGCCAUUACAGCGAGCUGUUGGUCCCGGCGGCGGCGGCUGAGAGUCAUAUUUGGUGUGGCCUUUGCCUCGUCUAGCGAGCCCUGUGACACCCACCUCAGCCUCCAGGCGAGGCUCUCAUCCACCUCACCCACCUCUCACCCUCCAGCAGCGACGUGGGCGGCUGUUCUGCGAAAAUGGCGGCGCCCAACACAGUGGUCCCGCGAAACUUCCGCCUGUUAGAGGAAUUGGAGGCUGGACAAAAGGGAGUUGGAGAUGGCACCAUCUCCUGGGGGCUAGAAGACGACUCGGACAUGACCCUUACCAGUUGGACAGGCAUGAUCAUUGGACCACCCAGGACUAAUUUUGAAAAUAGGAUGUACUCCUUAAAAGUAGAAUGUGGGUCUAAUUAUCCGGAUGAUCCACCAACAAUUCGCUUUAUCAGUCGAAUCAACAUGCAGGGAGUUAACAGCCAGACUGGAGUUGUGGAUCGUCGACAUGUGUCUGUACUGGGACGCUGGCAAAGAAGUUACACAAUUAAGACAGUGUUACAAGAGCUGAGGCGUCUUAUGACCCAGAAGGAGAAUAUGAAGCUAACACAGCCGCCAGAGGGCACCAACUACUAGCUGUCCACUGUACCUAACCACCCCCACCACCCCCUCCAUUAUGCCACCAACACUCUUCUCUCGUGGAAGGGUUGCUGCACACUGGUAGCAUCCUUGCUAGUUGCAGGGUGUUGCCUAUACAUUGAGUUUCUUAUACCAGUGGACCUCAUUGAAGAAUAGGCAUUAUUGCUGACACUUUUUUUUAUCAUGUUACCGAGGCCUUGGGAUUUAAAAGAUUUAUCAGAUUAAAAAGGGUACAUAAACCUGAUCAUAUCAUGCUUAGCAUGGGAGCCUGAAAAAUGCUUGAUAGAAUGUGAAAUUGAAUCACUUAGGCUAGUAAAUGCUCAUUGUUAAUGAAUACCACACUUGUAUUGAAAGCAUGUCCAUAUCAAUUGAUACUAUCAAAUUUUUUUUUAGUAAAGAUUUGGUUGAUUCUUUGAUGUGAAUCAGUAGUUUCGUCAACUGCUGUUUCAUUCAUAAUUGUAGCUAAUGUAUUAAGACAGUUAUCACAAAACGUCAGAGGUCAGUGUAUUUGUAGCCUUAACUUGCCUUUCUACCUAGAAGACUGGUAAGAUUUAGGUACUGGCUCAGGGUUUGGUUAUGGUUUAAAUAAAGUUUUCAUUCCAAUUCUUUAUUAGUUGCGUAAUAUCUAAAAAGGUAUAGGGUAAGUUUAGCAGCAUGGUGCAUGUGUGUGCAUGACCCUGUAAUGGAGCCACCACACUAGGAAAUACACUGCUUCGAUGUACACGAGGGUUUACAGUGUCCAUUCACCUCUUCAUACCUCGUCCAUGGUUGCUCUUUUUAUGAUCCUGUUUCCGAAGUAAAUUACUGCAACAGACAGUAGGCGGCAAGCAUGCAAUCUGUGGUGCAGAGUCCAUGUGACUGCUUUGUGUUUUCCAGCUACUGUGAAUUACCGUCACAAUGCUUUCCCACAAGUCUUGUUUUUGUGUUUACAAAGUUCAUAUAUAUUGUCAUAUCUAGAUUCCUUCACUUGUCCCUCAGUGAUGAUUAUAUGAUGGAAAUGUUACCUUAUGAUAACCUAUAAUUUUUGGAGUAAACUGUACAACCAGUAUAUGUUAAAUUAAAAUGUAUGUCCAGUUAAGUUAUUUGGUUUGUAUUCAGUUAUAAUCAUUGGUGGACUUAAAUUAUUCCAAGCAUUUUUAAUACAUUUACUUUCUCCCUGUUCUCCACUUUUGGACCCAUCCAUCCAUGGCACGCUUGCCUCAAGUUGGCAAGCUUUUUAUUAACUUAUAUUACUAUUCAGCAAGUGCAUUGUUAGGGGGCAACAUUAGUGUAGUACAAUCUGUCUUUAAGGAUCUCUAGGGUACUGUUAACUUUGGUUUAUUUUAUAAUACAUCAGGUUUCCUAAAUUUUUUCCCCACUCUUCAUUCAUCAUGGGAAAAAGCUCAUUUUGCCCCGCCCAAGGUUCCGUUUGAAGGCAUUGUAAUGAUUUAAAUUGUGAGAAGUAAAGAUAAUAAAAAUUUCUACUCCAUA